AUGUCCAUUGCACUGGUUAUCAAUUCAAGUUCUAACUUUCUGCUGACAGGUUUCCCUGGCCUGGAGUGGGCCCACCACUGGAUCUCUAUCCCAGUCUUCUCAGUCUAUCUGGCUGCCAUAUUGGGCAAUGCCACAAUCCUACACAUUGUCCGCACUGACCCCUCUCUGCACCAGCCAAUGUAUUACUUCUUGGCAAUGCUGGCAAGUACAGACCUAGGCCUAUGUGUGUCUACCAUGCCCACGGUGCUGGGGGUUCUGUGGCUUGAUCUCCGUGGCAUCCACCUCUAUGCCUGUGUCCUCCAGCUCUAUAUUGUCCACUCCUUCUCCUUCAUGGAAUCAGCCAUGCUCUUUGCCAUGGCCUAUGAUCGUUUUGUUGCCAUCACCAACCCACUGAGGUAUCCCACCAAGCUCACCAGCUCCCGGGUGGUGAAAAUCACAGUAAUAUUGGGGUUCCGGAGCACCAUGCUUAUCAUACCUCCAGUUUUACGAUUGCUCUGGUUCUCCUACUGUCGCCAUAACACCCUCUCCCACUCUUACUGCUUGCAUCAGGAUAUGAUCCGCCUUUCCUGUUCCAAUACAAAAUUCAAUAGUUUGUAUGCCUUGACUGUGAUCUUACUCUCCAUGGGCUCAGACUUCCUCUUCAUUCUGCUCUCCUAUGCCAUGAUCUUUCGCUCAGUUUUGGCCAUUGCUUCUCAUAAGGGACAGCUCAAGGCCCUUAACACAUGUGUGUCUCACAUCCUGGCUGUCCUGUGUUUCUAUGUCCCGGUGUUGGGCCUGUCCAUCGUGCACCGGUUUGCUAAGCAUUCCUCACCCAUAAUACACAUUGUGAUGGGAAAUGUGUACAUCCUCUUCCCACCACUAAUGAAUCCUGUCAUCUAUAGCAUUAAGACCCAACAAAUCCGCAGGGCAAUUGUCAAGGUGAUCUCUUUGAGAGAGGCCAGAUAA